AUGGGCAAACCACAAGGACCAUUGUUUAAGUUGUCUCUUGCAAAUGGUUACGUGAGGUCAUGUCCUUCUGAUUCGGGGACGGGCAGGCAUAGGGGGGUUAAUGCCAGAGUAAAGAGAACCUUUAGGCUUAGAUUAGGGAGCUGGAAUGUAGGUACACUUAAGGGAAAGCUUUUAGAGCUAGAAGACGCUUUGGCUAGGUGUAAAACAGACAUUGCGUGUUUUCAGGAAACUAAGUGGACAGGAGUACAGUCAGACGGCUACCCGGGUGUACAUGGGGGCCUAGGAUUUGGUCGGAGGAAUGAUGAGGGACAUAGGAUAUUGGAUUUCGCUAUUGCGCAUGACCUGGUAAUAGCAAACUCGUUCUUCCUAAAGAGGAAAUCUCAGUUGAUUACCUACCAGAGCGGCGACAAUGAAACGCAGAUCGACUACUUCCUGGUGCGUAAAGGAGACUUCAGGGCUUGUAAAGAUUGCAAGGGUACGAGGGAGACGGUAAAGGCGGUACUAGGGGAAACAAGAGGGACAGGUAGUCAGCGGAAAGGGGGUAGGGAAUCUUGGUGGAUCAGUGAAGAGGUCCAAACCAAGGUUGCGACAAAACUUAGUUGCUUUAAAGAACUUAUCGAGAGCAAGCAAAACGGGACAAAUGAGGACUGGUCCUUGGCUAGGCAGAGAUACUAUGAAGCCAAGAAAGAGGCAAAGAAGAUUGUAGCUAUAGCAAAAGAAAGAGCGUACGAAGAAUUGUAUAAAAAACUAGACUCAAAGGAAGGCAAAAACGAUAUAUUCAGAAUUGCUAAAGCAAGGGAGAGAAAACGUCGGGAUUUAGGAGACGUUAUCUAUAUUAAGGAUAAAAGCGGACGGAGCAUUGUGAAGGUGGAAAACAUUAGGAAAAGAUGGGAAGAGUACUUCGCCAACCUGUUUAAUAGGAGAGAGUCGGGGCGAAGUGAAGGAGGAAUCGAUCACGGUACUCACUCAGACAUAUGUUGCGACGACGACGAUACUCCGAGGAUCAGCCAAGAGGAAGUAAGGCUCGCCCUAAAGAAGAUGGGGAGAAACAAAGCAACAGGUCCAGACCAAAUUCCUAUCGAGGCAUGGAGAUGCUUGGGAGAUGUGGGGAUAAGCUUGCUGACAAGCCUUUUCAACAAGAUUUGGACAAGUGCAAAAAUGCCAGAAGAAUGGAGACUUAGCGAGGUCAUACCUAUCUAUAAGAACAAGGGGGACGUGCAGAGUUGUAGCAACUAUAGCGGCAUUAAACUCCUAAGUCAUACCAUGAAGCUAUGGGAGAGAGUGAUAGAGAUGAGGCUUAGAAGGGUUACAAAGGUGGCAGAGAACCAAUUCGGUUUUAUGACAGGUAGGUCGACAAUGGAGGCUAUUCAUAUCACCAGAAGCCUUAUGGAGAAGUAUAGGGAAAGACAAAAAGCGCUACACUGUGCCUUCUUAGAUUUGGAAAAAGGCAUACGAUAA